AUGGUCCUCCCAGUUGAACCCGAAUUCGAGCAGGCGUUGGACGAGCUCACCACCAGCUUGCAACCUUUCUUGGAUGCCAACCCCCAGUACAAGAAGGCUCUUGAGAUCGUCCAGGUCCCCGAGCGAGUUCUCAACUUCCGUGUUGUUUGGGAAGACGACAAUGGUGUCCCCCAGGUCAACCGUGGCUUCCGUGUCCAGUACAACUCUGCACUCGGACCCUACAAAGGCGGUCUCCGCCUUCACCCUUCCGUAAACUUGUCUAUUCUCAAGUUCCUCGGGUUCGAACAGACCUUCAAGAAUGCCCUCACUGGUCUCAGCAUGGGAGGAGGAAAGGGUGGAUCUGACUUCGACCCCAAGGGCAAGUCUGACAACGAGAUCAGACGCUUCUGCUACGCCUUCAUGGGUGAACUCUUCCGUCACAUUGGUGCAGACACAGAUGUCCCUGCUGGAGACAUUGGAACCGGUGCCCGCGAAAUCGGGUUCCUCUUCGGUGCCUACAAGAGGCUCAGGAACGAAUUUACUGGUAUGCUUACCGGCAAGGGUUUGACCUGGGGAGGAAGCUUCAUUCGUCCUGAGGCCACUGGCUACGGUUUGAUUUACUACGUCGAGCACAUGAUUGCCAAGGCUUGCCCAGAAUACAGCCUCGACAAGCCCUCUACUCUCGUCGCCAUCUCUGGGUCAGGAAAUGUAUCCCAGUUCACUGCCCUGAAGGUCAUCGAGCUUGGCGCCACCGUUCUUUCGCUCUCCGAUUCCAAGGGAUCCCUCAUCUCCGAGAAGGGAUACACCAAGGAAUUCAUCCAACGCAUUGCCGAGCUCAAAUUGAAGGGCGGAAGCCUCGAGACCUUGGCCAACGAAGAGGGUUACACUUACCACGCUGGUGCCCGCCCCUGGACUCUCCUCCCCACCGUCCACAUCGCCCUCCCAGGCGCCACGCAGAACGAAGUCUCUGGCGAAGAAGCCGAGGCCCUCGUCAAGGCUGGCGUCCGCAUCGUCGCUGAAGGCUCUAAUAUGGGCUGCACAACCGAGGCCAUCGACAUCUUCGAAGCCUCCCGCAGGUCCGGCCCCGGUGGUGUCUGGUACGCUCCUGGAAAGGCUUCCAACUGCGGUGGUGUUGCCGUUUCUGGUCUCGAGAUGGCUCAGAACAGCCAGCGCCUUGCAUGGUCUACCGAGGAGGUUGACGCUAAGUUGAAGAACAUCAUGGCUGAGUGCUUCGGCAUUUGCUUGAGCGCCGGAUCCAAGUGGUCAGGUGAAGAACUCGCCGACGGUGUUCUCCCCAGCUUGCUCUCUGGAGCUAACGUCGCUGGCUUCAUCAAAGUUGCCGAUGCGAUGAAGGCACAGGGAGACUGGUGGUAA